AAAAGCUCGUUUUGAACUAGACAUUACAAUCUCUCCUCUCUUUUUUUGUUUUUUGCGCGGAGAAAGCAUCGAUUGCAAGAUCAAAAACCCGAGAGAGGCAACGGCAAAGAGACAGACCAAUUCAGACCAAUUCUUCACAAGAAAUGUUUGGUGUUGUCAAGAAGCUCGUUAGUGGGAUUUUAAUCACUCCCAAGCUCAGAGAAGCUGUGGAAUCUGAACAGCCGAAGCAACCGGCCUCCAGUGCAUCCACAGAACAAAUGGAUGACCACCACCACCACCAACAACAACAACAGCCUGAGGACCACCAGGUUGACAAGUUACAGCGAGAACCAUCCAAGGGCAAAAAGGAAGCCGAAGAUAAGCCGGAGCGACCCAAGUCCGAGUGGGUCGUCUCCAUCAAAGAGCUCGAGCAACUCUGCCGGGAAGACGUGGAGAGCCCGGGGCCGACCCCCUCCAUUUGUCGGAUCCCGCACUAUCUCAAGGACGGCGAGGACAAUGCCUGGGUCCCCCAGAUCGUCUCCCUGGGGCCGUACCACCACGGUAAGAAGCACCUCCGCCAUAUGGAGCAGCACAAGGUGCGCUGCCUCCACCGCAUCCUCUGGCGGGCCCGUCACGAGAAAAAAAUCUUUCUAGACUCGGUGAGGGAGGUCGAAGGGAGAGCUCGCACCUGCUACGAGGGGGAGAUACCCAUGAGCAGCGAGGAGUUCGUGGAGAUGAUGGUUCUAGAUGGUUGCUUUGUGAUCGAGCUAUUCCUGGGAUUCAUCUUCGGGUUCGAAAAACUAGGCCACCCUCGCAAUGACUCCGUCUUCUCAGUGCGGAGAUCGAUGCACAAGAUCCAGGGGGACAUGAUCAUGCUCGAGAAUCAGAUCCCGCUCUUCAUGCUCGACCGGCUUCUCGGCCUUCAGCUCGGCGAUCCCAACCAGAAGGGGCUCGCGGCCAAGCUGGCGCUCCGGUUCUUCAAACCUCGCCAGCCGACAGACGAUCCCCAAACCCUGCUUAGCGGGAACGGAAUGGAGUUCGACCAGUUAUCCGACCAGUGCGAGCUCCAUUGCCUCGAAGUGCUCCGGUGGAGCCUCCUCCACUCAGGCCCGAAGCGGGUGGAGAACCAGGGGCCAUCGCAGAGGCGGCAACAGCUCAUCCACUGCGCGAUGGAGCUCUGGGAAGCUGGGAUUGAGUUCAAAAAGAGGAAGACGGACAAGUUCUGGGACAUCCAGUUCAAGAACGGGAUCCUCUAUAUCCCCCAGCUUGUUAUCCACGAUGGGACGAGGUCGCUCUUCCUCAACUUGAUAGCCUUCGAGCAGUGUCACUUCGAUUGCAGCAACCACAUCACCGCGUACGUAAUCUUCAUGGACAACCUGAUCAACUCCCCCGAGGACGUCGGGCGCCUCCACUCCUGCGGGAUCAUCGAGCACUGGCUUGGGAGCAACGCCGAGGUCGCUAACCUCUUCAACCGGCUUUGCCAGGAGGUGGCCUUCGACAUCAAAGACAGCUAUCUCUACGGACUGUCUGUGGAGGUGAACGAAUACUACAGCAACAAGUGGAAUGGUUGGAUAGCCAGUCUCAAGCACAAGUACUUCAGCAAUCCCUGGUCAAUCAUUUCCGUCAUUGCUGCUUCCAUUUUGCUGGUGCUUACUUUCACACAGACCUUCUAUGGAGUCUAUGCCUACUACAGGCCUGCUUCUUAAUUUCUUCUAUAGUAGAAAUCAUCUGAUGAGCGAUUUAGGAGUGAUAAAAUUCUGGUGAAAAUCUGGGAAUUAGGAUUAUGGCGAAUUGACUAUUAGCAGCCUAUUCGCAGAUGAAUGCUCACGAUGUGAGGGUCUCAUCUCCUAUUAAAAAGAAAAAAAAGUGUGGUGGUCAAACUCAGACCGCAUGAAGUAUAUUUGUCGCGCAAUUUUGAUUUCAGUAUGGCAAUAUAUUUCCCGAAAA